CUGGCGGGCACUCCUUCGUUCUUUAUCUCCUGCUCCAUUUCUCCCACACACAAGGCUGAUAAAGCAGUCCGUCAUCUCAAUGGCUGCUGUGAAUGGGACACGGUUUUCUGCCCCCGCAGUAGACCGACUUCUAACCAACACCAGCAGCAGCUCCAGCGGCUCCAUCAGCUCUUGGCAGGACGAGGCAGUGCGGGGAAUCCAAAUUGUUGCCACUCUGCUCAUCUUCCUGGUGGGCGUGUCUCUCAACGGGCUGGUGGUUUGGGCACUGGGAAUGCGGGGAAAUCGUCAUCUGGUGCGCCGGGGCAGUCAUGAGGAGACGCGUGCUGCCAACAGUUUCCGCAUUUAUGUCCUGCACCUGGCCGUGGCUGACCUAGUGCUGAUCCUGCGUACCCCGCUCAUGUUGGGCUACAUUGCUUAUAACUACAGCUGGCCAUUUGGCCUUCACUUCUGCCGCCUGGUCAUGUUCCUGCGAGGCCUGGGGUUAUACGCCUCCGCUUUCCUCCUCUGUGCUGUGGCCCUGGAGCGAUGCCUGUGUCUGCUGAAGCCCGUGUGGGCUCGACUGCGACGCCCCUACUGGGCUGUUCCUUUAGCCUGUGGCAUCUUAUGGCUGGUGGCCUUCAUCUUGUCUACCCCCUACCUCAACAGUGCCGUCCUGAUGGAAAAAAACGGGACAUACCAUUGUGUGGAGAAUGGGGUGUUUGACAUGGCGCUGUUUGUCACAGAAACAACAGCAGGUUUCAUCUUGCCUCUGCUGGUGUUCUUGGGAAGUAACCUGGCUGUACUACUCACUAUUCACCAAGCAGUGCCCUUAACACCCACCACCUCCACUCCCUCAACUGCCCGCAGGAUGACCCGGAUGUACCACGUGCUGUUUUUCACCAUGCUCCUCUUCCUUACCUGCUGGGUGCCAUAUUUUGUUUGUCGGUUUCUGCGGGCCUUGGCUGAUGAACGAUCUGACUUGUAUAUAAGAGCACUGAAAGGCACAUACAUAUCUCUGUUCCUGGUGUACAUCAAGUGUGCUCUGAACCCGGUGCUGUAUGUGUUCGCUGCCCGAGGCUUAGGCCGUGCUAUCAAAGCUUCACUUGUCUCCACUAUUGAAAGACUUUUCAAUGAAGACUCCAUGGAGUCCAUACGAAGGAAGUCACUCAAGAACUCCCUUAAAAACUCACAGAUGUAGCAAGAGGUCAACAAUGCUUUGGUGUUUUGACAUUUUGAUUAGUUUUAUGUUGAAGUCAUUAUGCCUUUGAUUUUUGAAAAGAGAGGAGUGUCUUAAAUUUCACUUUUAGCUGGUUGGUUACAUUUUUGUGCAAUGUGCUCAUACCCAUACUCAAAAUGUGAACUGUGUAAAUCAAACCAAAAUGCUUUAGGUGUUUUACAAAAGGAUCUAUAAGCAAUAUAGUCACAGCAAAUGGAGAAACCAGUAGGUGUCAUUAUGAGUGUACUUUCUGUAUAUAGAGAUAUAAUGUUGACAGAUCUUAGUUGGAUCGCAGUUUGAUUACAACCACUGCUUUCAAUUCCCUUUGAAACAAACUCUUUCUGACAGGAGAAUUCCUCUGACACGGGAUCUUAGGUAUGAAAAAGACUGAUUUAAAGUCUUGGAUUAGUGGUGUCGGAAACUGAUUUCAGCAUUUCAGAGAAAGACAAGUGAAAAUUGCCACACAGCAGUGAAGUGCAAAACGAGGAACACAUCUCUCAUCAAGCACAGCACCAGGCCAGGUUUCCCUACUGUCGGCAAAAUACAAGAAGAUAUAUGGACGUCAGUAAAAGUACAUGACUGCAGGCUCCAGAAAUGCUGCUUCUGUUGCAGCAUGCUGAAGGCAGGGUCAUAAUUUGGCAUAAAAAUGAAUUCAUGAAUCAUCUUGUCUGUUAGUCAAUGGGCAGGGAACACCUUGAUGGUAAACAAGCCAAAGUGAACACAGCAUUAUUUCAUUGCCAGCUUCCUGGCCCCAGGGUAACCUUUGUCAUAUGGAUUCCUCCGAGAUAACGCACCCUUAAGCAUGUACUGUCAUAGUGUGGUCCAAGGAAUAUGAUACUGAAUUUAUCUUAUCACUAUCAACAGUGACUCAGACCUAUCAAUC